GACUGGUGUGGGGGUAUAAAUGAAGCGCGCGUGCGGCAGAGGGGCAGUGAACCGGAUCUCGGUCCCGAGCGCAGCCCAGUAUCUCUGGAGAUCCAGUAUAGUGUCUUGGGCAGGUCCGGUCCGGUCUGAUGGCGCGCGCGCGGCUGUGCUGGGUGGUGCUGAUGCUGGGGGUGGUGUUGGUGUGUGGGGUGGGGGUGUGUGCGGGCGAGGGGGCUCUGCAGAGGGAUUAUGGGGUGAAGCUGUGCGGGAGGGAGUUCAUCAGAGCCGUUAUCUUCACCUGCGGGGGAUCCAGGUGGAGGAGAGGUGUGGAGCAGGAGCGCGAGAGGAUCGACCAGGACAGUCCUUUCUUUCUAAGUUCCUACCAAAAUCCUUUUGACAGAAACGAAGAGUCAAUCUGGACCCAAACCACCACCAACAACAACAACCAGCAGCCCUCCUUCCUCUCCUCCUCCUCUUCAUCAUCCUCCUCCUCCCCCUCUCUCAGUGAUCUUCUCCAGGCCAUGGGUGAACAAACCCAGAGAGGCCCAGUGGAGCUGGACCCGUCUGAGGACGGCCUGAGGGACGGAGGGGUCAGGACCUGGCUGGACGCUCUGUUUCCUUCUGGACGCCUCAGAAAAAUGGACAUCAGCUGGCAGCAGCAGCAGCAGCAGCAGGCGGACAGGAAGAAGCGUAACUUCUCUUUAGGCUUGGCUGGAAUGUGCUGCAACCAGGGCUGCACCAAGAACGACAUCGGACGCCUCUGUUGAGGAACGGACAGAUACAGGGGGAGGGUUGGGGGGGAUGGAUGGAGAGGGAUGGGUAAAAAGGGUGAAAAAAGGGUUAUGUUAUGUUUGAGUGUGUGUAGAUGUUUCUGACCAAUGUCUGACCAGAAUAAACAUGUAAAUACUGUAUGCUGUGAGAAUGUAAACUAAUAGCUAAUAAAUAAAUAAAUGUUACUGUAAAAAAAAAAAAAAGACUGAUGAUUUUAUGAUUUUAACUCCAACGGCCAAACUUCCUAUAAGAAAAUUUUAAAGAGCCACUAAACCCUAAACUAUAUACUUUUUUAUUAAUAGCUAAAAUGUUUUUCCUUGAAGUAAUGAAACAUAUUAUUGAUAGAUAAUAAGAUCACUGCUGCUGCUGCAGCUCAGCCAAUUAGCUCUCCCUCCUGCCCCGCCCCUAAACCCAUACAUCACCCAGCACCCCUCCCAAACUACCUCUCCC